AUGUCGUGCUCGAAUGACACGGAUUGGGCGUGCUGCGCUAAUUCGAUGCCAGAAUUCUACCGCACGGUGGGCGUGGAGAACGCAGACUACUUGUUGCAUGUGACGGCGCGUCCUACAACGGGGUCUGUAAUAGCGUGGGCUCUACCCUGCAACCUGGAUCAGUUCGGCCGCCCCAUUUCCGGCCAGGCGAACUUCAGUCCAUCACGCUUGAACCCAGCGGGCACAACUGGUGCUAGCCGCACCGAGCAAAUUGGCACUGCGCUGCACGAGAUGACCCACGCUCUGGUGUUUUCCCAGCGAUUGUUUGUGAACUUCCGCCAGCCACGGAACGGCGCGCUGUGGAAGUACGAAAACGUUGUCGCCCAGACUCGAGGCACGGGAGGAAUUACUGUCAGCAAGAUCAUCACGCCCCAAGUUGUGCAGCAAAUUAAGCAACACUUCAACUGCUUCGACUGGGUCGACGCUGGGCUGGAGUUGGAGAAUGGAGGCGAAGGAAGCUCCUCAUUCAGCUCGCACUGGGAGAAGCGUGUCGUGAUGAACGAGUACAUGAGUGCCAUCAGCUCGUACGACCCCGUGUACUCAGCCCUAACGCUAGCGCUGUUUGCGGAUAGCGGCUGGUACGACGUGACAGGCUUUGAUCAAGCUCAACCGCUUGCGUGGGGGUACCAUGAAGGCUGUGGUAUGGCAAAAUCUAGGUGCUCCCAGUGGAGCGACCGAUACAUCUGCACUGAAAGCUCCCAACGCGGGUGCACGGCUGACUAUAACGUCAAGGGGUACUGCAACGUGGCCAGCUACAGUUCGAGUAUUCCUGCUGGUUUUCAAUAUUUCGAGGAUCCUUAUUUCGGAGGCCGCGAUACAUUUGCUGAUUACUGCCCGUUCUAUCGAGGCUACAACAACGGUGACUGUCGAGGUAUUGGCCGUACAUCGACGCUCAUUGACUCGAGUAACUUGAUGGAGGAGGUCGGGCCUUCAAGCAAAUGUUUCGAGUCCAGUCUCAGUCGUUCAUCGAGUGAUUCAGCUGAAGUACGUCCCACCUGCUACAAGGUAGUGGGGUGCUCAUCCACAAGCCUUGCACUAUCAAUUGGCGGGGUGGAAGUACAGUGUCCGAUCGAGGGGGGUGAGAUAACGGUGUAUGGCUAUAAAGGCAAGCUUGUGUGUCCACCUAGCGCCCAGCUUUGCCAGUUGCUACAGGAUAAAUGUUCUGGCAACGGUGUUCUACUCUCCAGUGGAACGUGCGAGUGUUUCCCAGGAUUUGCGGGGGAUGACUGUUCUGGUAUUGAGUGUCCUAACAGUAGGGGAGUUGAGUGUGGAGGAAGUACCCGCGGUGAAUGUAACCGCAGCUCGGGGCAGUGUGUUUGUGCUUCUGGAUAUACAGGCCUUAGCUGCUCAGAUCUGCUCUGCCCCAUGGUCGAUGAUGGCAAAAAUUCCUCGCAAUGUUCUGGCAAUGGAGCCUGUGAUGCCGAAACCGGCGCAUGCACGUGUCAGAAUGGAUUCUCGGGAGAUGCUUGCGAGUGCGUACCAGGAUGCACAAGCUCAUCUUGCGGCGCUCAUGGAGAGUGCAGCUGCGAGUCUGGUGCAUGCACAUGUUCUUCAGGGUACUCGGGCGUAGACUGCUCUACAGCUACUGCCCCAGUGGUGGCGCUACUCCCUGAAGCUGGUCUAAGCGUGUUGGUCCAGGCAAAAGAGUACCAGUUUUUCAAGUUCUCAUUGGAUGCAAGCACUUACGAUGUCACGUUCAUCGUCGACUAUCCGUCUGGAAGCGCACAAGACGUGGAUCUGUACGGGUCUUUUGAUGAAAUGUAUCCUACUGCGAUGACAGCUAGCAGUAUUCUCUUCGCUAGCACCAACGAAGCUGGAAUGACUGACGAGAUCAAUUUAUGUGGGACACUGGGAGUCUUCCCGCGAGGAAUCAACUCGUCUUCACGCAUUUGCAGCAAACCGACCGAGGCCUACACCCAAGGAGCUCCAGGAUACUUUUACCUGUCGCUGUUGGGCUUUUCAACUGAAUCUACUACUGUCAACUUCCGCGUUGAGACGGAUAAAUGCCGUGGUGUUACGUGUUCGGACCACGGUACUUGCGGUAGGAAUAUCCCCGGACUUGGGGACAUGCACCGAUGCGACGCUGUGGACAGGCUCGCCCGAUGA